AUGAAAACAGAAAAUAGUAUGACAGAAGAAUAUUCAGAAACAUUCCAUGAAAUAUCUAGAGAUGUCUUAAAAAGAAACGGUAAUUACAUGGAACGAAAAAUAGAAGAAAUAUACAUGUUAAUUAAUAAGGAAUAUUCCACAGGUGGUGACAAAGAAGAACUAUUAGCUUUAUAUAGUGAAUUAGAUAAAAUGAAGAGAAUAUGUUACAUAGAACAGAGUAUGAUAAACAUGAUAGAUACAGAAAUAGAUGAGUUUAACGCACAAAUAAACCUUGUGUGUAACUUAAGAGACCAUCCACCACUUUCAAGCAUAUCUCUUGAUAAUUAUAAUGAUUCUAAUAGUAUAAAUGCAAGUGAACUAUAUAAUUCCCAGAAUAAGAACAAAAGUAAAAGAUCUAACUAUCCAAAAGCUGUUUCUAAAAUACUAAAAACAUGGUUGAAAGAAAAUAUGAAUAAUCCAUAUCCUACUGAAUCUGAAAAAGCUGCUCUUAUGGAGGCUACUAAAUUAGACUCCACACAAAUAAAUAAUUGGUUUAUAAACGCAAGAAGACGGAUUCUUCCUUUCAUGAAGAGCAAGUUCUCUCAGAAUUAUUAA